AAAGCAACAUAUUCAUCCCAAAUUUGUGUAUGAUUUGAGUGCUUACUAUGAUGUGGCCAUCUGGGAGUUGGACGAGGAUGUUCCUUUUACUACGUUCCACUCGCCCAUAUGCCUUCCGGGAGCUCCGUCCUCUCAAGUGAACAAAUAUGACGGAUAUCAAGUCACUGUAUUGGGUUGGGGACUUCAAACGUCGUUUGGAGGGCGGAAGAAUAAUGUGCUUAAACAAACCCCUGUGAAAAUAUUCUCGAAUAGUUAUUGCAAUAGAACCCAUGUUAAUUUGGACUCCAGUCUGCAAUUUCGAGCUGACACCUCCAUCCCUAAACUCUUCCAAGAUCAUCUCAUGUGUGCUGGUUAUGAAUUGGGGAAUUUCGGGUCUUGCCAAGGCGAUUCGGGCGGCCCAUUGUUCAACUUAUUACUACUCCACCCAAGUUGCGUUAUGUUCAAGUUGGCAUCGUGCAAGGUGGCGUCGGGGAUUGUGGAGACAGCAAAUAUCCAGGAAUCUAUACCAGGAUCGAGGAUCCUGAAAUCAUGGAAUUCAUCGAGAAGAUAAUCAACCUUGUAAGAUAAUUUCUAAAACUAUUGCUUGUUGUUUCUCCACAUACUAGCUGUAUGUCUAUUCUCUGUCCAGUUAGCUCAUUUCCCGCUGUCCGAGAUCAUCUCUUUGACGGGGCUGAAAGGGGAAACUUGUCCCUGGUUCGGAACGCUAUUGAAGAAGGCUUUUCGCCCAACGUCUUUGACCCAUCGAGCAGUCUCACUCCACUCAUGAUUGCCUGCGAUAAUGAGCACCUGGGAAUUGUCGAGUACCUCAUUCGACAUGGCGCAGAUGUCAAUGCUCACCCUCAAUGUUAUCCUUGUGGAGCACAUACACCUUUAAGCCGGGCGGCAAAAACAGGAAAUGUGGCCAUUGUUCGAACACUUAUAAAGGCUGGAGCCAAUCUGACCUAUCAAGAUGCAGACUUGCGGACAGCGUUGACCACCGCUUGCGACAAUGAACGAAUCGAAUGUGUUCAAUAUCUCUUAAACGAAGGGGCCGACAUCGACCACACAACUUAUUUUGGAACCACUUGCAUCAGCGCUGCCAUAAGCCAGAACUCUACCGACAUGGUAGAGCUCUUGAUCAAAAGAGGUGCUAGCAACAUCGAUCGAGAUUUGGCAUUGAUCAAUGCCGUCACAUCCGGGAACUUGCGCAUCCUUCAACAAAUUAUUGGAACGGGGCUCUUCGGUGACUCCGUUACUGGCAAUUCAAGAUACAUUGACGAGCCCACCAAUAGUGUGGGUAAUAAUGCUUUAGUCAUCGCCAUCCAAGCUGGUCGGCUGGAUAUGGUUAAGUUUUUGAUUGAGUCGGGAUCAAAAUUGGACCAAUCUUUCAAGAACUAUCCAAUGGCCUUUGCCCGAUCUAUGUGGCAGCCGAAUAUGGUCGGUACGAAAUCAUCAAAUUUUUAGUAGAAGCUGGUAUUGAUCCCAAUAUCCAAACAGAGGACUACACC